AUGCCCCUUGUACUCACGUUGGUUCUCAGUUUCCUCAAGCUGGUGGCAGGCCAGUGGCAGGUGAUUGCACCAGACCCCCUUGUCAAGGCCUCAGUAGGGGAGGACAUAAUGUUCUCCUGCUUCCUUUCUCCUGAGAUGAGUGCAGAGGCCAUGGAGGUGCGGUUCUUCAGGAAUCAGUUCUCUGCUGUGGUCCAUAUGUACAGGGAUGGGAGAGACCAGACAUAUAUGCAGAUGCCAGCCUAUCGAGGGAGAACUGAGUUCAUGAAGGACUUCAUUGCAAAGGGACAUGUAUCCUUGAAGCUGAAAAACAUCACUUCCUUGGAUGCUGGCAUGCAUGGGUGCUGGUUCAGUUCUCAGACUUACUAUCAGGUAGCCAUAUGGGAUCUGCAAGUGUCAGGUCUGGGCUCAACUCCUCUUGUCUCUCUCAUGGGAUAUGUCGAUGGAGGAAUCCAGCUACUCUGCCAGUCCUCAGGAUGGCUUCCCCAGCCCACAGUGAAGUGGAAAGGUUCACAGGGUCAGGAUUUGCCCUCAGAGUCCAAAAUAACUGUGGACAGGCAUGGCAUGUUUUCUGUGGAGACUUCCUUUACUGUAAAAGAAAAUGCUGGAAGCAUAUCAUGUUCCAUUCAGCACACUGACCAGAGUCAAGAGGUACAAUCCAGUGUAUUGAUAGGAGAGACAUUUUUCCAGAUUUCACCUUGGCACCUGGCUUGCAUUUUACUGGGAAUACUCUUCAGUGGCCUCUGUGUUGCUGUCAUGGGCUGUGAGAUUUUCAUCUUCAAAUUCCACAGGAAACUUAUGAGAGAAUUAGAGAAGAGAAGGAUACAAGGACAAGCAGAAUGGAGAGAGGCCCGGAAACACACAGUGGAAGUGACUCUGGACCCAGACACGGCUCAUCCCCAGCUCCACAUUUCUGAUCUGAAAGCUGUAAACCAUAUGGAUGUUCCGCAGGAAGUGCCCAACUCAGAGAAGAGAUUUAAGAAGAGAGAAUGUGUGGUGGCUUCUCAGGGAUUUUCUUCAGGGAAGCAUUACUGGGAAGUGGACGUAGGACUCAAGAAAAGAUGGCAAUUGGGGGUGUGCUGGGAUGACGUGGACAGGAAAGGAAAGGAUGUGAUUUUGUCUCCCCAGAAUGGGUACUGGAUCCUUGGAUUGAGCAAAGGAGAUGGAUAUUUCACAUUCAACCCCAGGAGAAUCUGUUUCCCUCUAAAAACCUGCCCUACACGAGUGGGAAUCUUCCUAGACUAUGAGGGUGGGAAAAUUUCCUUCUUCCAUAUAAAUGAACAGUCUCUCAUUCAUACCAUGACACAUCAAUUUGAAGGCUUACUGAGGCCCUUCAUUGAGCCUUGGUCCUAUCAUGAGGAAAAUCAUAUGCCCAUAGUUAUCUGUCCAGUGUCUUGGGAAUCAGAGAGAAAAGCCCCUUCUCAAAAUGUUCCCACAUCCCCAGACACAGACAGCCUAGAUCCUUGCCCACAGGUGACCACACCCUUCCUCUCCAGGAGUGAUGCCAUGAGGGAAUCAUGA